CUUCGUUCUUGUCCAUGCAUAAGCCCGGCAUUUGCUUCCAGGUGCUUGAACCGAAUUUACACGUUCAUGGACGCAAAUCACAUUCGAUUUACCUCUGCAAUUACGUUCAGAGAAUCCCUUCUGAAGAUACCCCAGAAAUACUCUGCUCUCUCUUUCAGCUUUCACUCUGAUAAGAAGAAGAAUUUCAGAAACCAGAGCUUGAAUUCUCAAACUCGGAGGUUCUGCAAGCUGGGCAGUGCCAGCACGGAGAACUUCGACGAGGCAGCUUUCGAGGCCGAGAGGCUCAGACUCGACUCAAAGGCUCGAGAAUCAAUGGCGGAAAAGGCCGAGAGGGAAAGGGAAAUCAGCAACGACUCGGAGGACGACCCGAAAUCCUGGAAAUGGACAAUUCGUAAGAGAAUUUGGGAUAUGAUGGAGGCAGAGAACAUCGCCCAGAACCCUCGUCCUGUACAUCAUCGAAUUCCCAAUUUCGUUGGGGCUGCUGCCGCUGCAAAAAACUUAGGUGGACUAGAAGUGUUUCGAGUGGCAAAUUGUGUGAAGGUUAAUCCAGAUUCGCCGCAGAAGCAGGUCCGGUUUUUAACACUAUCAGGAGGAAAGAAGUUGUUGACCCCUCAACCCCGUCUGAGGACCGGAUUUUUCUCGGUGCUGGAAGCACAAAAGUUAUCUCCUAAUACUAUCAAUGAAGCCUGUACCUCUGUUGGGGUUGCUAAGUAUGGAAAGCCAAUUGGUCUAGAUGAGAAAAUCAAGGUGGAUCUUAUAGUUAUCGGUUCAGUGGCUGUGGACCCAAGGACUGGUGCACGCCUUGGCAAGGGUGAGGGUUUUGCUGAACUUGAGUAUGGAAUGUUGCGAUAUAUGGGAGCCAUUGAUGACAAUACCCCAGUAGUCACUUCUGUGCAUGAUAGGCAACUGGUAGAUGAUAUUCCCGUUGAGAAGCUGUUAAUACAUGAUGUUCCUGUUGACAUUAUAUGCACUCCUACGCAGGUGAUCUUCACCAACACAUCAAUACCAAAGCCUCAAGGAAUUUAUUGGGACAAACUAUCUCCAGAAAAGCUUGGUCAAAUCCGAAUUCUCAGGGAGCUCAAGAGUAGGGUUGAGCGAGAAACUGGCCAGAAACUUCCUUCCGGGCCCUCAGAAAAGUUACCUCCCACUUCUCAAAGGAGGCGACGCUAAGAAGAACUGCGUAACCAUUCAAGUCUUCAAAAUAAUUUGUUUCGUUUUUCUUUUCUUUUUUUUUUCACCUUCCAGUGGGGUGUGGGGUGGGGUGGGGAUAUAAUCAACUGUAUGCGUGGGGUUUUUUCAUCUGUAAGUUAGCUCCUAUCAUGUUCAUGCUCUAUGCCUUGUUAUAGCUUUUCCCCUUCCAUUUUUUGUUGGAAUAUGACCAGAGGGGUUUUAUUGGGAGGCAGCCUGUAAUUAGUAUUUGGAUUAUGCAGGAAGAGAGAAACAACUACAAAACAUGAUCUUCUAAUGCUCCUGAUUUGUUCAUUAAGAAGACCCAUCUCUUG